UGGCGGGUUUAUCUCACAGCCAUUCGUGAUGUCAUGCGCCACACAUCACAGGAAUGUGUUAAAGCGGUCAGUCAGUCAGUCAGUCCAGAGUGACUCUGAGUCAGUCAAGAAGUCUGUCAGAAGCUGGAGCGUCAAACUCACGGACACUUGGGUCACAAGAGACAGUACACACAAAACACUAACUAAACACAACAGUAGGAAACAUCAGUAGAAAGGUUUUCCUAACUAGGCUGAAAGGAUAUGAUCGCGGGUGUUCCGAAGAUGUCAGUGGGGUUGCUGCCAGCAGGAAGGGGUGCGGCAUGUCUGACAUGUAAUGGGAUCUGCUCUGGCUUUCAGCCACAUUCCUGGAGAAAAGCCUGCAUAGAGUGCCACUGCAGCCAGGAAGAGCAUGUGGACAGCUCUGACAUAGGAGAUGACCACAUGGUAGGGAGAUUGCUUGCUGAGUCCCACUAUGCUUAUCUUACGACAAAGGUUAAAGGAGGAGAUGGGCUGAGGGUCUACAAACGCAACCGCAUGAUCAUUACUAAUCCAAUCGUUUCCCGUAAAGACCCAACUUUCAACACCAUCACCUACGACUGGGCCCCGCCAGGCCUCACCCAGAAACUGGCAAUGCAAUAUAUGGAGCUUCUCCCUCAAAACAGGCGACCUGUAGCUGGAACGGAAGGGGCAUUGUAUCGUCACAAGCAACUGUUAAGACAGUUGCCCCCCUAUGAUCAAGACCACACAUACUGUCACAGUAUGUCUGAGGCAGAGCUAAAGGCCAUGACUCAGUUUGUAAAAUCCUAUAAGGAGGAAGCUCUUGGAGUGGGGAUAAUUGCUCUGCCGGGGGAAGAAGGAAAAGCUAAGCAAAAGAAUGAAAGAGCCUUCCACAAUCCAGAACAGUACAAUACAGAGACCACUGCCAGUGAUACCACAGAGAAGAACAACCAGGAAAGUGAAUAUUGGUGUAGUGGAUGUGGGAAGAUGGCAGCUACCGAUAGUCCUGUGGUCUAUGCGGACAGAGCUGGGUAUGAAAGACUGUGGCAUCCCACCUGCUUUGUGUGUUGUGAAUGUGGUGAAGCUCUAGUAGACCUUAUCUACUUCUGGAAGGAAGGAGUACUCCUGUGUGGACGCCAUUACUGCCAGAGGAUCAGACCUCGGUGCUUUGGCUGUGAUGAGUUGAUCUUCUCAGAGAUGUUUCAUCAGGAUGCUGAUGGACGUGUUUGGCACAAGGAACACUUCUGCUGUUGGCUCUGUGGACAGAGUAUGAUGAUUCAGUGCGGCUGUGACAUACAACAAUCAAAAUAAAUUGUUUAAAGGCUGAUAAAUAGUCUAAAAUUAGACAUCAAGAUGACACCACAAUUAGAAAUGUCAAAGAGGCUGUCCCAGAACCCAGAUUUGGGUUCUUUGCAUUUGCAUGCUUACAUAUUUGCAAUUAUGUGAUUUCAGUAGUCAAAUGGUCCUGAAGACCAUGUAGAAUAUAAGAUUGAAUAAUUAUACACCUGAACAGUGUUGUUCCAGGUUGUGGCAGGAGUUCUUGCUUUACUGCUUUGUAGGGGUGGGCGGUAUGAGCAAAAAUGCAUAUCAAGGUAUUUUCCACUCUUCAGCCGGUAUUACGGUAUGUUGCCAUAUGAGAUAAAACAUUUUGGAGUCACACUGUAGUAAACCUUAGUUAAAUUGCUGGCAAAAUUUGUAUUUUUAACCUUAUGUUACUAAUAAGUGAGGGAUUGGACAUAGACAUGAUUUUUUAUCUUUUCCAAUUUUUUACUUUAAAAGUGCCAUUGUGUGGAUGGGUGGACUCAUCUUCUUAUGCAUAUUGUCACUAAUAUGGGAAGUAUGAAAGUAUGGAAAUUAGUAUGGUCAUUUGCUGGUAGGCUAUGUGCCUUAUUAGAAUGUUUUACGCUACAUCCAACAACUUUAAAGCUGUGUGCUGUGUAUAUCUUGUGUCUGUUUGAUUUAUAAAUAUACAAAGAACAAGAUUUUCUUUUUGUUGUUAAUAUGAACAUCUUUAAAUUAACACUUUUAAUUAUUAUUAAUCCCUGAACGCAUUAAUAAAUGCAGUUUAUUAAUACAAGUUAGUUAUAUUAAUAAAUGUAUUUAUUGCAUUUAAUUUAAUUGACCAGCAGAUUCACAGUGCCAAAAACACUCCACUCAUACGUUUUUAUGCGUAAUAUGCACUAUGUAUUGUUUAAUAGCCUCUAUAAAUUAAUAAAUCUGCAUUAAGAAAACGAAA